CAAUGUUUAAUACUUCUACUUUACAAGCAUUCAAAGAUUCCUUUCCGACAUGGCCGCAAGAUUCACUGGCCUUUAGGACAGACCCUCUUGGACCAGGAAGUUCGUGGGAUAAGCAUGAGCUUGGAACAUUCCAAAUCAUGCGAAGGGCUCCGAAUCAAGACUUGCCUGUAUUCCUAGAAGCGUAUUCCAUUGCAGCUGCAAAGUGGGUGGAAAAUUCGCAGGACAUACGAUCUGCCCUUACGCUUCUCACGCAAAACUGGCGGAGUCUUACACAUCAUGAGUUAGCCAGCCUCGCCGGGAAUUUUGCAUCAUUCUUCACGCUUUUGGCACAGGUACUCGAGAAACCUGUCAUUGCUGAUCCUCGGCGAGAGCUGAGAUCACAAAACGUUGAAUCUUCCGCAUAUCCAGCGAUUACCUCCUCACCACCACUGCCUCCUUCACUACCGUCACAGCCAUCAUCUCCUGUACAACCUCCGAGUAAAAAAGUGCGCCAAUACCGUUCUUCUGAUAGUUAUAUUCCCUCCGACCAAAGCGAUCAGUCAAGUCACAACCAUAGGACCAAGUCAGAAAUGACUACUAAUGCUUGUGUGUAUGAGCUUUUACGCUGCGUCACUGAACUUUUAAGAGGAGGAAGUAACCCUCGCGUCUAUCUAGAGUGGAGUAUCACGCAUGACACUUUCAUUGUCGAGGCGGGAAAGCUCUCGUAUUCUACAACAAAUGAUGGUAGCCUUGUGCAUAAAGCACAUCGUGAAGGAUAUUGGCAGCGAGCAUCAAAAAUCUCGUACUGUAGUAUUGAGGCCAAGUCCUGGCAUGACGUCGAUGAAAAACCCUUCAAAGUGCAAGCCCAGGAAGCUGCUCACCUUGUAGGCAUGUAUGCCCAAUAUGAUAGGACUGGAAAUAUUCUGCAGGAUGAUAUCAUAUUGCCACUUGUAUCUGCUGCCCAAAAUGUCUUUUCGCUGGUCUUUGGCAAAUUCCCUGCUCAAUAUAUGAGAUAUCUAUCUGAUGGAGUUCAAUCUGAUGAUGGCAUAUUUGUCGAGAUAGAUGAAUGCGGCAUGUUUGAGUUACAAGAGCCUUCCGAUUUGACAAGAGUAUUUACGCUUAUCGUUGCUCUUCACCUGUGGUUGCAGGAUCAGGAACCACUGUUGUAG